GGCUAACUUCACACAAUUACGCGAAACAAUUUUGAAACAUGGCUUCGGUAAAGUUUGCAGUUAUUGAUGUUAAUGAUUAUUUAUCUAAAAAACAGGCUGCAGAGCCAGAUUUAGCCGCAGACUGGGCAAAACUAGAAGAGCUUUACAACAAGAAAUUAUGGCACCAGCUAACACUAAAAUUGCAGGAUCUUGUGCUUCAUCCAUCAUUACAAAGCGGCGACAACCUUAUUCAACUAUACAACAACUUUAUGACUACAUUUGAAAACAAAAUAAAUCCGUUAUCGCUGGUCGAAAUUAUCGCACAUGUCGUCAAGCAAUACACAGACAAGAAGGAGGCGAUCGCAUUCUUGGAAAAGGUGGAGGCGAAAGUUAAAAUGAAUGAUGAAGCAUUAGCUUUGUGUAAAGUACUCCAAGGUCAGAUCUAUCUAGAGCACCUAAACGAUUUAGAUGCAACGGAAAAGAUCAUAGAGCAAUUGGAGGGUAGCUUGGAGGAUGCUGACGGUGUCACGCCGGUGCACGGACGCUUCUACAAACUAGCCUCGGAGUAUUACCGAGUCCGCGGCCCCAUGGGGCGGUACUACCGCGCGGCGCUGCGGCACGUGGGCUGCGCGGGGGGCGGCGCCCUGCUGCCGCCGGCCGAGCGCCGUGCCGCCGCGCUGCCGCUCGCGCUCGCCGCCGUGCUCGCGCCCGACGUGUACGACCUCGGCGAGCUGUUGGCGCAUCCGAUCCUGGAGUCGCUCGAGGGCACGCCGGACGCGUGGGCGUGCGAGCUGGUGAAGGCGGUGGCCGCUGGUGAUGUAGCCGCCUUUGAGAAGAUUAGAGCUCAGUCCCCUCACCAAGAGCUGCAUCGCGCUGAUCGUCAGUUGAGGCAGAAGAUAGCCAUUUUGUGUCUAAUGGAGAUGGCGUUCAACCGUACAUCGUCACAACGCAAGUUGACCUUCGCGGAGAUAGCACGCGAGGCGAGGGUGCCUCAUGAUGAAGUGGAAUUGCUUGUCAUGAAGGCGCUAGCUGAAAAACUCAUAAGGGGACAUAUUGAUCAGGUAAACGAAACGGUAAUGGUGUCGUGGGUGCGCGCCCGCGCGCUGGGCCGCGGCGGGUGCGGAGCCCUGGCGCGCCGCCUCGGCGUGUGGUGCGCCGCCGCAGCCUCCGCGGCGGACCUGCUGGCGGGCGCCGCGCCGGAUAUACUCACCGUUUAAAUAUAUAAUGCUUGAUGU